AGCCGCACGCCGAGGAGGAACGGGCAGCUGGUUGGGUGUGCGUUGAGCUGAGGCUGGGUGAACGGCUGCUGGUAGUGGUGAGCCGGGCCGAGGUCGGGGAGCUCGCUGGGUGCGUGCGUGAUCCUAUGAAUUCCAAAAUGAAACAGAAACAGAGCGCAGAAAAAACAGGACCUUUGCAGAAGUACCUCACAGACACCACAAGCAGUGCUGCCCCAAGACGGACUCUUAAAAUGAUCCAGCCUUCAGCAACAGGUUGCCUAGUUGGCAGACGUAAUGAGAAGAAAUCUUCAGUCAAAAGGAAAUGCAAGUUAACCUCAAAGGCUUGUCAAGCUGAGGUGUCCGUGAUAAAGGAGCAAGAAAGUGAGAAUAUUAAUGAUGCUAUUGAAGCUGUAGAUCUCAUGAUAAAAGAAAGUCCUUCACCUCAGUAUUGGAAGGAACUCGCUGAAGAAAGGAGAAAAGCUCUGUAUGAAGUGCUUCAAGAGAAUGAAAAGUUGCACAAAGAAAUUGAACAGAAAGAUGGUGAAAUUGCCCGCCUGAAAGAAGAAAAUGAAGAGCUGAUGUCCCUUGCUGAACACGUGCACUUUAUGACCAGCAUGAUUGAGAGGCUAACUGGGCAAGCACCUGACGAUCUUGAUGAACUGGAAAGUCUGUCUCUAAAGCAGUCCAAACAAGAAAAUGAAGAGCUUAACUGUGCAGAUGAUGCAGGCAGUGCUUCCGAGGAAGGACCAUCACAAAUAUGUGGCGUACGGGGGAGUAUAUCGGAUCUUGCUUCAAAGGAAACAAAGACUGCAGGAGGGAGGACAGCAUUAUUGCAUAAUAGCUGACCAGUGCAACUGAGCAAGAGCAACUUGUUUUCCACCAUUUCACCACCUGCUCUGUGAACUGCUGUAAUAUGGGUGCUGCUGUUAGAACCAGGAUUUGCAUGGUUUUUUCCUUAUUUCCAUCAAGAUGGGCAUGAAAAAUGCUUAUUAGACUUAAAUCUUGUCCUUUUUCUUGAUUUUUUUUUUUAAUGUUUUAAGUAAAAGACUCCCCUAAGUAGCUGCAUCCCUACUUCUCUUGGUUUUAUUAAUUUCAGCUCAUUAGAGAGAAUAGUUUGCUGUAUCAACUCCUGAAAAAAAGAUGGUGCAGGACAAGACUUAGGGCAUAGAAAUAAAACCCAUGUACAUGCUCAGUCUCCAUCUUUGAUGUUUUGGACCUUUGAUUGAAUAAUCUCCCUAGGCCUAUUAUGUCAGAAGUAUUGUGUUGUCAGAAGGUUUAAAAUGAUGCAUUAAUCACUGCUUAAACAUCCUCAAAAAGGAACAAGUUUCAUUUAUUGUCUUGAAAUUCCCAAGCAUUUUUGGAACAUGCAUGCAGUCAAGUGAUGUUACAUAGCCUAGGAACUUUGUAUGCAGAUGUGAAAGGCUUGUCAAAUGUGUAGUAAUUGUACAGAAAUCUAUGUAAUUAGUUCUUUUACAACCAUCUGACCUCUUAUCUUUGUUUAAUUAUGUAGGGAAUUCAUUUACCACUGAAACAUAGCUAUGUAACAGCUGAAAAUCAGCAUCACUGAAGACAAUGACAUGUCAUAUCUAGCUAAAUUACAGAGACCAUUCUGUUGAGCAGAAUAAAAUUACCAUUUCUGGAA